GCGGAACGGGCUACGCUGUGUCUCCGUGUGCCGGAAUUGUUUUUUCUCCCCCACUUGAUGCGUAGUUACCGUGCACCGUGCAAAUCAUGAGCGUGAGUAAAACAAUCACCGAAACGGUUACCAGCAGCAAAACGGCAUCGGCGGUAAUUGCGGCACAAGCUCCGACAGCAACGGGCCCGACGCCCGUCCAGCGCCCAUAUGGGAAAAUUGUGCUCACGCUCGAAAACUGUCUGCUUCCGGAAGUGAAGCUUGACCAAACCCCGUCCCAAAAUGAUGGACUCGAUCGGGAAACGGAAACGGAUCUCCGCAUCCUGGGCUGCGAGCUAAUACAGACGGCAGGCAUUCUGCUGAAAUUGCCCCAGGUUGCUAUGGCGACCGGGCAGGUGCUAUUCCAGCGCUUCUUCUACUCGAAAUCUUUCGUGCGCCAUAGCAUGGAGGCGACGGCGAUGAGCUGCAUCUGUCUGGCGUCCAAGAUCGAGGAAGCGCCACGCCGGAUACGGGACGUGAUAAACGUCUUUCAUCAUAUCAAACAAGUCCGAAGCCAAAAGCCCAUGAUACCGAUGAUACUGGACCAGCACUACAUCAAUCUGAAAUCGCAGGUGAUCAAGGCCGAGCGGCGCGUACUGAAGGAGCUCGGGUUCUGCGUGCACGUGAAGCACCCGCACAAGCUGAUCGUGAUGUACCUGAAGUAUCUCGAGCUGGAAAAGCACCAGAACAUGAUGCAGAUGGCGUGGAACUUCAUGAACGAUUCCUUCCGGACGGAUGUGUUCGUGCGGCACCAGCCGGAAACGAUUGCGUGCGCGUGCAUUUAUUUGACCGCACGCAAGCACAACAUUCCACUGCCGAGCAGUCCGCCGUGGUUUGUGAUAUUCCGCGUCAGCGAGGAUGACAUGUUGGAUGUUUGCUACCGCAUCAUGGCACUGUAUAAGCGGGGCAAACCGAACGCGGAGCAGCUAGAGGAAGCGGUAGAAGCUUUAAAGAAAAAAUACCAGGAGCAGCGCAAAAAGGAUCGCCCCGAGGCUAAUCCCGUGGCUGCUGCACCCACCGUCAUAACGGUCGAUCGGAACAAUGGAUCCCACAAUGCAUGGGGAGGUUUCAUUCAGAGAGCCAUGCCAUUGCCGUUGAAUUCGUCCGGCAAUGCAAGCAACGCAAACAGUGGCGGUAGUAACGCGGCAACGGCCGGUGGUGUUGCUGGCAGUGGAAACAAUGCGAACAGUAACACCGCCGGCCUAAACAACAACGAAUCCGAUGCCGGUGGACCGACGGCUGAUGGGAAGAAGUCGCGAUCGCGAUCGAAAUCGUUAUCAAAAUCUUCUCGCUCGAAAUCACGCUCACCACGGUCGAUGUCGCGUUCCAUGUCACGGUCACGUUCACGCGGUACACGCUCCCGUUCGCGCACGUCCCAUUCACGCUCACGGUCUAAAACGCGCACCUCUCGUUCACGGUCGCGCAGCGUAGUUUCACGCUCACGGUCGAGAUCGCGAUCACUACACUCGCCUCACUAUCCUACCGAGAAAGGUGGCUCUCGAAGGACGUCGAAAAAGUCGCGCCAUCGUUCCAGAACACCGACAAAAAUAUCAUCGUCGGCCAAGAAGAAAUCUUCUCGUCAUUAUUCAUCCCGUUCCCCAUCGCCUGAUUCGCCGCAGAAGUACAAAAAGAGUGAUAAAAAAUACGAUCGUCGGUCUGGAAGGGGAGGAGAGGACAGAAACAACGACAAUCGUUACACCAACGGUUCCGAACGAGAUCGUGAUCGCUCGAAAGGGACGAGCAACUCGCUGGAUCAUUCGCGAAAUCGCGAUCGCGACAGGGAUCGGAUGAGAUCGGACAGUGGUAAGUUAGGUAGCGGUGGUGGAGGAGGAUACGAUCGGGACGACUACAGACGUAGCGAAAAGGAUUACCGAGGCAAUGGGAAGCAUGAUAAAUAUGGCUCUAGUCGCCAUAGUGAUAACAGCAGUCGGCAUCGUUCGUCAAAGCAUGAGCGCGAACGAUCACGAGACCGUGAUCGCGACCGUCGCCGAUAGGGGAAGCAACGAACGCGAGAGUGUAGGAUUCCGAUCAUACCGUUUAGCCCCGUUACGAAGUUUCAUGCUGCCAUGUAUGUACGAUAAAUUAUACACUUUCUUUUGUUCUACAACUGUAAGUGACCGAUUACAAUAAGUUCCGUAAACCGCAAUUCUCCACUCACAUACAUCUAAAAUUGGUGGGCCCAUUCGACUGUGUGUGUGCGGUUGGUUGGCUCGAAUGAUUUGUGCCGAAAAUUAGCUUAAAUUUAAUUGACCGCUCGUUAGCCAAUUACAAUACUGGUAGCUCAAUCGUGUAUGUGUAUGUCAAUAGGGAUGUUUUUUAAAACUCAUUUUAUUUUUUCUACAACUUUACAAACCACAAACGAAUUUUGCGGGACACACAACACGAUAACAACCCAUCUAUAGAAUGAAUUCCUUCACCCAUAUAGCGCUUACGAGAACUGAAAACGGAAAGUGUUCGGUAGGAAUAUGAAGGCGACUAAUAGAGAGAAUCAUCGUCGCGAAGGAAAGUACUUGUAAAAAUAGAUCUAUAAGAAUUUCAAACUGAAGGAGAGCACUUGAAUGUGUCCGAUGUGUACAGAAAAAUUGGUCCUCAUACUCAACAAAAAGGACUCGUGUGAGGUUCUAAUAAAAAAGUUAAAAAUGUUAUUUACAAA